CAAAACAGAAAUGUCACUGAUUUCACAUUUUUUCCUUGCAAUUCGUUCGUUUUCAAUACUUUGUAAUUUUUUUAUUACACAAUACGAUUUUGGAAAAAUUAUUUGAGUAAUUCCCUAAUUAACAAAUUAAAGUGUCAUGGCUACUAAAAGAUCAAACCCAUUUGUCGAAGACUUCAUGCCUCAAAGGAAGGUGCACCUGGGGCUUAAGCAGUUCAAUAACAAUGAAGACAGACUUCAAGAAGUGUAUGAAAAGACGUUAGAACUUCUAUUCCGAGGAGCCAAAAAGUCAACUCAAGACAUCAUCAACAAUCAAGAAAACAGUGCAACAAAUAAAAAAGACAGAAUGAAGCAACUUGUCAUUGGAAAAGAUGGAUUACUUCUCCCUUCUGAGCAUAAGAUUGCAGACAUGCCUUUACAUGUGCGUAACUGCAGCUGUGGUGCGUGUGAGGAGGUGGGCUGCACAUACUGCGAGCGGUCCCUGUGCGCUGCCUGCCAGCACUACUGCUGUCGCUGUCACAACUACCAUUGUUCACAAUGCUCUCUCAUUGGAUCUGAAGGAGAUGAGAUUUGUGUCUCAUGUUAUGGGUAAAAUAUUUUUAAUUUUUCAAGUUAUUUAUAGUUAUGUUAAUUUAAAUAAAAUUGAUGUUUGACAAUUGAAUAUAAAGCCUCAAUGUUUAUAUGUUAAGUUGUAUUAAUAUCUAUAUAAUCAUAUUGUAUACAAAUAAAUUAAUUGUAAACUUUUAAAGGCAUGCAUAUCACUAAUGUUUGUUAAAUAGUUCUAAGGCUCUGAGCCAUGAUUGAUCACUACACCAUGUCUGUGUUAGAGGUAUGAAAAUAAAAAACCAUUUAGCUAGAUAUAGUUUAUAUAAAAUAUGUCAAAAAUAAAAAACAACAUAAAAUGUGAUCUACAGUUUUAUAAAAUGACUCAUAUUUAGAGAUUUAAGAAGUACAGUUUUAUUUAAAACACCAAAACAAAGUAAUUUGAAAUGCACAAACACAAGCCUUAAGGUUUACUUAAUAUAAUAUAAUAAAUCAAAAUCUUCACAUUGUUUUAUAAGGAAUGUGUUUCAAACAUACAAAACAUGAAAUAAAUGUUAGUACAAAGUUUGUCUAUAAUACAUAUAUUUUUUGUGCAAGAAAUGUAUUAUAAAAAUGUAAUAAGUGACGCAGCCACAGUCAAGCACCAACACCGGCCACCACAUGUGGAAAUGUUUGAGAAGCACAUAAAUAAAAAUAUUCCCAAAGUUACAGCUUUAUUAUUUCAUAAUACCCCUAACAUAUGAAAAAUAUCUUAUACUCUAACAAGGAACCAGGUUUUAAAUAUUAUUAGCACUUCCAUUGCUUUUAUAGUUGCCUGAAAUUAUUCUAUCGUUUGUACAUAGUGAACAUUGAUGAUACAAAAAAUGUUUGAAAGUCUUUUAAAUACAUGACACUUCUUAAAAUAGCAAAACGAAAAAUAUCUACAUGAAAUACAUUAUAAUUUUUGCUAAUAAAAUGUUGCGGCAAAUAAACUAAACCCGUGUAAGGCACAUUUAACAAAUAUUGGGUUUUGUAGUUUUUUAUGCUUUUAUUCACUGUUUACAUAUUAAGGUUAAGUGCAUUUAUGUACAGUCCGUAAAUGUACAAUAUUACGGAGCGACGUGUAAAUGUUGGCUGGUAACGAUUACACUUGCGAUGUAAAUAUUCCAAAAAUACAAGCAAACUGUAGAGGGGACGUCACUAGCUAUCCUCUCUAACAAGGAGACAGUUCCCCUCGGGGCAACCGCACUGUCCUUGAACGUAUACUUAAUAUUAAAUUACUGAUUCAGCGUAAAUAAGCGCACAAUUCAAAAAGUUAACAUUUUGUUACACCUUGAAUUAUAUAAUUGAGUGAGGGCGCGGCCUUGUCUCAAAAAUAUUGAGUUUAGUAA